AUGUCUUCGACUUUCUUUCCCCUUCAACACCAUCAAGAACUCCAGUGUUCGUGCAACAACGAUAGCAAGAGCUAUUUCAAGCCGCAACGAGAGGUUCCCAAGCAACUGCUCCAACUCCGCUCUCAAGUCAAACCACUGAUUCCACGCGAUCGCCAAUCCAAUCUGUGGAACCAUCGUUCGGGACGUGUUGCAAUCAACCGCUCGCCGUCUCCACAACCGCGUACUAAUCAUACGCAAAAACUCCAUCUGGCUUAUAUCGAAAAGGACAAGAGAGUUAUUCCAAUGAUUCCUCAACAUCACCAGUAUACUGCUUUCGAUCGUCCAGUUCAGUAUCAGUCUCGAAAGAUGACUUUUAGCGGACCACCAUUGAUGAGAACCCCAUCAUCUGGAUUCUCGUCAGCUUCGUCAUCGGAGAACAUGCUUUCUGGAUUGUCAUUGUGUGACAACGAACAUCAAAAAGUCCAAGAAAUCAUGGAUCCAUCUGUGGAAGUCGAUUUGGAUAUGUUCUUGUUACCCGAUGCUCGGUACAAGCAGCCAGUUCAACCAUCUGCCAGCACUUCACGUGGUAACUUGAGUCAGAUCAGCGGACAAAGUCAGAUUGGGGGAUCAAUGAGACAUAUCGCUCCUUCAAAAAGUGCGAUGCCGUCUUCAUUUGCUGACUACUCGUAUGCCAACGUGAAACGAUCAAAUGGAUACACCGACUAUAUGCCGACGACGUACAGUGCUAACACUGUCUCUCAACCAUCCACGUCUUCAGUUCCAAUUUCACCACGAAGCUGUGUCCGUUGCCAGUUUUGCUGGGAGUCGUAUGUCAAGCUCUGUCAGAGAGUUACCAGUCUCGAACCACUUGUGUCUUGUGAUGGACCAUGGCAUUGGCAUAACCUUUAUGAUGCUCAGGGACGAGUCUCCUGCCCUCGACUUUGGUUCACUCAACUUGAUCGUGCUGGAUCUGACAUGCUGCAACAGAUGGCCAACUUCCGAAAAGCUGCAUUCUAA